GCAAAAGGAAAGUGGAAGAUUCGAACGAGGAAUUUACUGAUAAAAAAGUGAAACAAACAGUUGUACCUACCACUCCUGAAUCUAUAGCAGAGUUUCUAGAAGGACAAGAAGGUGUCAAAGAUGAUUUCACAAAGCCACAUCAACUAUGUGAAAAUGAAUUUAACUUUCAAAGAAAAGGUAGAGAUGAAACACUACAUGGAAUAUAUGAUUAUAUUGUUGAGCGUUAUUUUAGAAUUAAGAAAGCCUCGGAUAAAGGGAAAAGUGUUGGUGGUAAAACUUAUCACCGUGUUCUCACAAUUCAAGCCACACCAGGAGGAGGAAAAUCUUUCUUUCUUGAUGAAUUGGCUGCCUUGAAAAAUGAAGAUUUUGAUAAUUAUUUGAGAAGCAAGAAUCGUCAACACCCUUUUAUUAUAGAAGACGAAGAGGACCAUUGUUACAAUGAGGCAGUUAAUAAUGUCAUAAAUAUGCUUCAUAAUUCGGUUGCAGUUUGCAUAACAUACAAUGGACAUUCAGCAUACAAUUUUGAUGAAUUCGUAGAUGAUAAUAUUGAAAGAGGAUUAGUAAUGCGUAUCUUAUGGAGUUAUUUUUUCGAUGAUGGAAAACUAAGCUGGCAGAAUUUUUGUGAGAAAUUUAAAACAAAUUUUGAAUCAUUGAACAUUCGUACUGCUGUUCAAAGCAUCUUUUAUCAUUCGAAGAAACGAAUACUUCUAUGCAUUGAUGAGAUUAUGAAAAUUUUGUCAGGCACUGAUACAAAUCAAAAACAAGCUAAAGUUAAUAAAUUCUUAAAUCAUCUCUAUAAUCCCUACCAAGAGUUUGCAAAAGAUAAAAAAGAGUUUAUCAAAUUUAAUUUUAUCCUGACUACACUUGAUGCAGUUUAUGUGCAAAGUAAUAUGACUGACUCAGGUAGACAAAUUGAAUGGAUACCAUUAAGAAGACUAGAGGUUUCAGAAUCGGCAGAAUUAUUUAAUGAAGUUAUAAGGAGUUUAAACUUAGAAGAGCAUAGGUUGUUUGUCAUUAAAAAAUGCAUUUCUGAUUGUAAUGGACAUCCGAGGACCCUAGAAAAAUUCUAUCAAGUUUUUAGUAGCAACAAAGAAGCUCAGAUAAUUCACAAUUACA